CGUACAUCCAGUUGGACAGCAGCAGCAGCAGCGGUUGUUGCAGCUGACGUCCGAGGACUUGGUAGCAUUGGUGCUGCUAUUACGGGACAUGGGACCGGCUCAUCCUAGAAUCCUGCGGCGGUCAUCACCCUCGUCGUCCUCAUCAUCAUCAUCAGUGGCGGCGGAGGCGGCGCAGAUGGACCUGCAGCAGGCAGGUCAGGCGCUGGUGGCGGCGGUGGCGGGGCAGGUGACGGCGGCGGCGAGCGGCGGGCAGCUGAGCGGGCCGCAGGUGGUGCAGCUGCUGGUGGCGGCGGUGGAACUCGGGAUGCGGGACCGCGCGAUGUUGCAGGCGCUUACCGACGCCGCCCGGCGCCGCCUGCAUCUCCUGCGGCCCGACGAGCUCUCUCAGCUGCUCACCACAUGCGCACGACUGGGGCACGUGGACGGCGCACUGCUGGAUGCCGCUGGCUACGCAGUCGCCUCGGGUGUCGCCGCCGGCAGCUACGACUCGCCAUCCAGCAUCCGAAGCCUGUCCAUAAAAGCCUGGGCUGCGGCAUCACUGGGAGGCGACCCCCCGCGGCCGUGCCCUGACAUCUUCAAUGCCCGGACGGCGGAGGUGCUGUUGAAGGGCCUUCCGUCGCGCACGGCGGCGGCGGCGGAGCAGGAGCAGCAGGAGGAGCAGCAAAUAUUGCGUCCGGUUGAGGUGGCCAACGUGCUUUGGGCGUUUGCACAGCAGGGCGUACGGCACGAUGGGUUGUUGCGCGGCGCCGUGCUAGCGAGCAGCGAAUGGGAGGCGGCGGGGCAGCUACCCCGGCGUUGCCUGUUGAAGGUGCUGGCGGCGACUACAAAGCUUGGGUACAGCGGGGGGAUUACAGCUGCCGCCGCUAAUGGCAAUUAUAGGAGCAGCGGUGGCAGCAGCUGCGGCAGCGCCGCGGGUGUGGCUAAGGAGAAAGCGGGGAAGAAGGGCAAUCAGGGCGGGUUGGGAGACGCCGGCGACGCCGCUUUGUUGAAGCUGGCUCGGCGUGCGGCUGAGUACGUGCUUGAGAGUGGAGACGGCGACGGCCGUGGCUUCCGCCGUGAGCGUUACGACCGCCAUCAUCAUCAGCAGCGGCAGGGUGAGCAGGAGGAGGAGCGGCUGACGGCUUCGGAGGUCGUACAAGCGGCCCAGGGCCUUGUGCCGUACAUCUCUCCGCCGCACGGGGCACUGUACGACAAGUACGGCAGGGAGGUGCACGAGGGGCUGCUGGAGUUGGCGCAUGAGAAGCUUGGCAGCAUGAGGCCUGACGGCUGCAUCGCGCUCCUCUCAGCCCUCAGCCAAACAGCACCCUCAUCCCACUCCACCUCCUUCAACCGGCUGCUUUCCCGCGCAACUGCUCGCCUGAUGCCCUGGGUCGUGUCCUCUUCCAAUCCACUCGACGACCCCGCUGACCCACGGGUCGCAGGCGACGAUCAGCUGGCUCUUCCGCAGCUGCUGUCGCUGCUGGAGGUACUGCGGGCGGCGGACGCGCACAGCUCCCCGCUGCUACCAGGACUGGAGCAGCAGCUGUUGAGGCUGGCUGGAACGGAGGCGGGAGUAGCGAGCAUGGGCCCCGUGCAAGGGGCUGUUGGCACAGGGAGGGAGGAG